CCCUUGAACGAAUCUCCACCUCUAGAAACAAAGUUUGGAGGUCUACAGCAGCUUGUUCCUGUGGGUUUCCACUCCCCACGUCUUUGACGGAUACAAAGACUUACUGUGCACCAGCAAGUUGAUGGCUCCUUGAAUCAAAUUUGUACAAAAAGUUUUCCAUUUCCUCAAUCAUCACUUUUCUUCCAUUGAAGACUAAGUAUGAAGUUGUUCGAGAUUUCAUCAACUCUUCGUUUUCUAGCCUCCCUAGCCCUGGUAGUCCUUCAAGUUGGUUCCCAAGAUUUACCCCAGGACUUCUUAAACGCUCACAAUGCUGCUCGUAAAGAGGUUGGUGUUCCGUCCAUGACUUGGGACAACGUGUUGGAGGCCUAUGCACUGAAUUACUCUAAAGGAAAGAUUGACAAUUGCCAGCUAGUGCGUGCAGUAGGCCCUACGGGUCAGAAUCUUGCUUGGGGCGACAGUGAUCUCUCAGGAACUGAUGCUGUCCAACUUUGGACUCAGGUGAUUUGGAUUAAUUCAACUCAACUUGGUUGUGCUAAAGUUAGAUGCAGAAAUAAUGGAACUUUUAUUGCUUGUUACUAUUACCCUCCUGGAAAUGUUGUUGGUACGCGUCCCACUGAAGGGAUUGAAUCUGUUAUUGGAGUAGUCGCUCCGCGCCCUCAGAUUCAGUCCCGUGCUCCGAGCCCUCAGAAUCAGUCCCCCAAUAUUGAUCCUCCAAAGGAAAGCAAAAACAGGACAGGGUUAGCGAAAAACAGGACAGGGUUAGUGAUAGUGUUGAGCAUAGGGGCGUCUGCGUUGAUUUUUAGCCUAUGUUUCACGACUUGGUUCAUUUCAAGACGGAAAAGGAAGAGAGAAAACGAAUUUGAUGAUCAUGUUUUCGACAUGUUCUUUGGCGAUGAGUUUGGAAAUGGAAUGGGACCAAGGAAGUUUUCAUUGAAUGAACUGGCUAAAGUGACAAGUAACUUCAACGCUGAAAAUAAGUUGGGAGAGGGAGGGUUUGGCUCAGUUUAUAGAGGGUUCCUGAGGGAUUCGGAUACCUACAUCGCUGUUAAAAAGGUUUCAAGGGCAUCUAAGCAAGGGAUUAAGGAAUACGCAUCCGAAGUGAAGAUAAUCAGCCGAUUAAGACACAAGAAUUUGGUGAAGCUCAUCGGUUGGUGCCAUGAAAGAGGGGAACUAAUGCUUGUUUAUGAGUUCAUGGCCAAUGGCAGCUUAGAUUCCCAUAUUUUCAAAGGAAAAAGCUUGUUGACUUGGGAGGUGAGAUAUAGAAUUGUGAAAGACCUGGCAUCAGCAUCGCUAUAUUUACAUGAAGGAGAUCAUUGUGUGCUACACAGGGACAUCAAUACUAGCAACAUCAUGUUGGAUUCUAGCUUCAAUGCUAAACUUGGAGACUUCGGGUUAGCUAGGCUAGUUGAUCAUGCAAAAGGGUUGAAGAAGACUCUUUUGGCAGGAACUGUGGGCUACAUGGCUCCCGAGUGUCUCUCUUCAGGGAAGGCCAGCAAGGAAUCAGAUGUCUACAGUUUCGGAGUUGUGGCACUGGAAAUUGCAAGUGGUAGAAGGUCAAUCGAACCCAAAUUUGAGGAGUCUGAGGCUUUAUUAUUAGUACCUUGGGUGUGGGAAUCAUAUGGAAAUGAAAGGAUUCUUGAUGUAGCAGACAGGAAAUUGGGUAUGGCAUUCUAUCCUAAACAAUUGGAAUGCUUGGUGAUGGUAGGAUUAUGGUGUGCGCAUCCAAGUCACAAUCUAAGACCAUCAAUAAGGCAAGUCAUUCAAGUUCUUAAUUUCGAGGCACCAUUGCCAAAUCUUCCAGGUAGCAUGCCUAUUCCCAAUUAUAAUGAUGUACCUAUUACUCCUGGAAUUGGAUCAAGCGAGCCACUUAUAUCUAAUAUUACUAUCACGAUCCCACGUUAGAUUGAUCGAUCUACUAGUUUUUGCAAUCAAAUUUACAUCUCACAAACAAUAAGAAAGUUUGUGGUUCAAUUUCUUUUAUUUGCAAUGAUAUUGGUGUAUAGAUUGACUAUUCCUUGUUCUCUUCUCGAAAAAUUUGUCCUGCACAAGAGACAAGGGACCUUUGUGAAUCAGUUUUUUUGGUUA